AUGAAGUUCAUUAGUGCCCUCACCUUGGGCAUGAUCGUCGCAGCUGUCGACGCAGCGUAUCCGAACCCAGGCAAUAGUCCUCCAGAUGCUUGUUAUACUGCUGUGGCGAAGCCCAUCAAGCAGCGCUCCAUCGACUGCAAGUCAUUUCUUCUCACAACCGUGACUCCUAAGAAGUCUACCAUUUACAAGACAUCUACAGUCACCAAGAAGACACCGACCGUUACCAAGUCAAUCACCGUCACAAGUACCUCGCCCGCCACCGCUACCAGCAUCAACUCCGUCGUACAGACCGUGACAGACAACAUCGUCGUUACGCGAACCGUGGAGCAAACCAAAACCGUGACAGAACAGACUACAACAACGAUUACAACUGAGGUUGCUGAUCCUGCCCCAACUCUCAAGCGCAAACGCUCUGUACCUCGCAUCCCCGAAUAUCUUGACAACCUAUGCACCAACUCUGCCCAGUACUCUUCGGCUUGCUCCCGCAUUGGCGUCACUGCCAAAACAGUCACCGCCCCUCGCGUCACUGUUGUAUCUAAGAUCGUUCGAGUCAAGAUCCCACGCGCCACCACUGUUAGAACAACCGUCAGUACUGCCUGGGUCACUCAAACUGUAAAGACCACCACCAUCGUCAAGACUUACAGCACCGAAGAAGUCACUAAGACGGUCGAUGUUGUCACCGAGGAUGUCACUGUUGCUACAAAGACCGUCACCGAGACCACUACAAAGACCGAAAAGCCCAAUCCGCUAGAGACAGUCCGUUUGAUUGCUGUUGGUAGCAGCGACCCUGCACUUUCAGGCACAGACGGGUUAGGCUUUUCAUCCCUUGAAUCCAAUCCAGACGGCAUCCCUAGCUAUUAUGUGACCUUUACUUCGGACAUUAAUACUCAACAAUUUACCAUACACAGGGAAACUGGCGAAGUAAAGGUACUCAAUGGACCAGGCAGUACCAAUAGCCAACCUGCUUUGUACAACUACGCUCCCGGAAGUGGUAACCCUUAUGGCGCUGUCGUGAUACAACGUCAAGGAGGCCCGCCCUUGGUUUGUAAGAUCUUGGAUGGAGCAGGAUAUCGCUAUCUUCAGUGCAAAUUUGCCAACAACCAGAGUACCGACUUUUAUACAUGCAAACAGCGCUUGGUAAUGGUUUAUCCAGGUGAAAGGUAUUCAACAUGCUACAUGGAUCGCGGGAGUUACACAGGCUAUAAGAUUUCGUAUAUUAAGGUCGUUUCGGUAUAG